AUGACUCGACGCGGCGGCGCCUCGGAGGACGCGCCGGACGCGCGCAGGGAGCGCAGCAGCAGCAGCAGCAGCAGCAGAAGCGGCGGUAGCGCGGCCGUGCCCGCUGCCUCGCCGCAGUUCGCGGCGCUGCACUCGCGCGUGGGCAAGAGGUACCAGGCGGCCAUCCCGGAGCUGCUGGCGGCCCCGGCGGACGCGGCCGAGCUGCUCUUCAAGCAGCAGGCGCUGCAGCAGCCGCGGCCCAGAUACCGCCCCGACCGCGCGGAAGAGCUGGGCGUGGAGCUGGACAAGUAUCUGAAGCUGGCGCGCUCGCUGAGGGACGGCGCAACGUUCGACACGCAGGAGCAGGUGGAGACGCUGGCGCUGCAGCACCUGCACCGCUUCGACUACAACCCGACGGACGCGGCGUGCUCGCUGUAUGCCCGGCACAGCAUCGAGCUGCCGAGGGCGGCGGGGGCCGCGCCGCCGUCCACGACCAAGAGCACAGCAGCGGAGGAGGCCAAGAAGUGGCUCCUGGCUUUCUACCGCUGCAUGCGGCGCACGACCAUCGACGAGAAGGUGCUGAAGCAAAUGUGUGAGCUGCAUGACAAGACGGAGCAGAACGCUGAUACGAUUCAUGCUACGGAAGCUGGAGUGCUGAAGAGACUUGUGACGCGUAUUUUAAAGUGGAGAGAGCAGUGUGAAGAGGCCAGCAAGAGUAAGGUGGACCGCGCGCGGCUACUAAAGCUGCUGCACCAAGCCGAAGACAUGCAGGUUGAGUUGCCGGAAAAGGAGGCGCUCGUCUCGAGGUUGCGAACAUUUGACUUAGCGUUGACGCAGCUGAAGGAGGCGCUGGAGCAUAGCAGCAAGCGCCACCAGAACAGGAAGGUGGAGUUGGACGAACUGAACGGACUGUUUGAAGCAGUCAUGGCACCGCAACUUGAGUUUCCGGAAGAAGACAGGUUUCGGGCUACUGUGGAUGAAGCCAAGGACCUCAAGGCUACUAUCGAUAAAAUGCUUGGAGAGGACAAGGUGAGCUUGCCCGUGAUGCGGGACGUGCUUGCAAAGAUCGAGCUGGUGCCGGUAAAUUUCGAGCAGGAGGUGGAGCAGUUCCAGAACAAAAUGCUGAAUGCACAGACGUGGCUAGCCAAGGCGCGCAAGUGCAUGCCUAACCGUCGCGCAACGCGCCGAGCGGGUGGAGGAGACACAAAGAAAAUGGAUCUGGAGGCUAUUCGCGCGCUUGUAGAUGACGCACCCUGUGAAAAUAGUACCGAGAUGUUUGAGAUGCAAGAUCUACUCGAGUGUGCUGACGUGUGGGCCGUUAAGGUGAAGGAGGCGAUAGAUGGUGGUGCUGACGUAACGCUUGAGCAUUUGAAGGAGCUUUUGGACGAGGCGAAAGACAUUCCCGUGGUGAUGGACGAGCAGAAAUUUUUGGAAGCCGAGAUUGCUGCGCGUGAGUGGUGCACAACUGCUGCGGAGAAGCUAGCCUCUCGCAAGCCCAUCGAAGAAAUGGAGGAACUGAUCACACAAGCGAAAUCGAUUCGUGAACGAAUUCACCCGAAAAAACAGUCACGCUGGAAACCGCAGGUGGAACGCGAUAUUCAUGCCGCGAUGGACCAAUCUCGCAAGUGGAUCAAUGAGCUGCGCGACAACCUUGGUGUUGCGGCGUUCGAUAAACUGUUUGCGUCGUUGCCGUCGUACGUUCCUUCUUCACACAGGUCAUCAACUUCGUCGGCGAAUGUGGAUAGAGCGCAGAAGAAGUCAACGGAUGCGAUCAGCAAACUAAUUGAAAAGUCGCAGGCACUUACAAUCGAUGUGGCAUCAUACACUACACCUCUGAACGAGCUGCUUUUGAAGGGUAUCGAAGCGCAAGCUGAGGCCAGCGCUAUUUUGAUGGGUAUUGGUUGCUGGUCAGGAACGGAUAAUGAUACCGCUGGGAUGGAGAUUGAUUCGAUGCCUCGAGAGCUUGGUGAUCUGGCCCAGGCGUCGUCGCUUCUUGAGAGGAUAGAUGCAUUCCCGUUUACAUUCGAGGAAGGGCUUACUCUCGCCGGCAUCGUGGAAGGUGAGAAGGCCUGGGCGGCACGUGUUCGCGACUGCAUUCCUCCGAGGCAAUCGAGGAAAAAGCGUCAAGCCAACGAGUCAUUUACCAUGGAGCAGCUACAUGAACUGCUUGAUGAGUCGAAGAAGCUGUACUUUCUGUUCAAGGAAGAGCUGCGCAUCCUCUCGAAGGAGCUCAGUGAUCUUACCACAUGGCGCGCCAAGGCUCAGGAAGUUAUCCAUGGUGAUGUGAGUGUAUCCAUAGCAAACGUGGUUGAGCGUCUUCAAUCGUUCGAUUUGCUGGUAUAUGGGAAGCUUCAGAAGGCCAAAAAGAAGCUCCACAUUGGAGAUGUGGCCGCCACCGAAACGGAGAAAGAAGGCAACCAAAGCACCGACAUG